AUGAGUCCGGGUGGCUCCGAGCUAGGUUGGGUGCCGAAGUGCCGGGAGGCGCCACCAUCGCCAUCCAGUGCUCUGCUGGAGCACCGAUGGUCGCGGAGGCGAACGCCCCAGCAGAAGAUCAACAUGCCGAAGCCGGGAGUUCGCGGCUUAGGUCGCGACUCGCGCUCCCCCUCCCCCGCGCGACCGCUGGCGCACAGAACGACAUCGCUGCCGGAUCUCGGUGGCGAGUCGCACGACGCGCCGCAGCGGCCCGCUGAGGUGAGAAGAGGACCAAGCACCCGCGGCGACAUCGCCCACUCUGCUGGCAGUGGCAGUACCAGCAGUGGAGCGAAUACCGCCGCGAGACACAGCGUCCCCAAACGCCCUACAAAUUUCCGCCCGGUGCCAUCGCACCCCCCGGGACCAGCAACAGUGGGUCGAGCGCAGCAAGUGCGCGCCCCCCCACCGCAACCUCGCCCCUCCGCCGCGAAGCAAGCGCGUCCGGAUACGCAGCCCGCGAGUGCCGUCACGUCCCCCGCGCGCCCCGCGCCCUCGGACGCAGUGCCGCCGCGUUCCGACGCGCCGUCCGCGCGCUCCGCCGCGCGCCCCGCCGCGAGUGUGACUAGUGCGCGAAUCGGUGGGCAAGCUGUGUGCUCAGCAGCACCCCCCGCGCGCUCCGCCGCGCAACCCGCGCCCUCGGACGCAGUGCCGCCGCGUUCCGACGCGCCGCCCGCGCGCUCCGCCACGCGCCCCGCCGCGAGUGACAUUAGUGCGCGAGCCGGUGGGCAAGCUGUGUGCUCAGCAGCACCCCCCGCGCGCUCCGCCGUACCACCCGCGCGAUCUGCCGCGCCCACCUCGCGCUCGACCGCGUCCGCCGCGCGCUCCGCCGCGCCCCCCGCGCCUUCGAACGCAGUGCCGCCGCGUUCCAACGCGCCGCCCGCUCGUGCUGUCGCGCGCCCUGCCGCGCCCUGGCCUGCGCCGGGCCCUCUGUACCUGCCGCCACCCUGGCGCACCCGACGCUGUGCUACAAGCGGACGGUGA